UUUGUCUCGUUUAAUGUUAAUAAAUGUUGAUAUUGAUGAUAUCAUUCAUUAGCCAUCACAUAUUAUACAGCUACGACUAAUACGUUAUCUUACUAAUUUCCUGUAAUAUUCUACAGUACUUGUGGGACCUACAAUUCCUUAAAAGUUAUAUCAUAAUUCUAUCUAUAAAACUUACAUUUUAACUGUGUUUUUUGGUGCAAUUUGUUGUAAGCUGCCAAUUAUAAAAAUGACCGAUCACUUCGGUCCAAUAACGUUGAAAUGGGAUCCCAAAAAUCUGGAAAUACGGACAAUGUCUGUAGAAAAGACUCUAGAACCACUUGUUUUACAAGUGACUACUUUGGUGAAUACAAAAGGUACAUCUCGGAAAAAGAAAGGACGUUCAAAGCGUGCUCACGUAUUAGUAGCCGCUGUGGAAAAAGCUACUGAAAACUUUAUUGAAGUUGGUGAACAAAUUGCAUAUGAAAACCCAGAUAUUAAACAAGAAAUGUUAGCGGCUGUUGAAGAAGUUAGGAAAACAGGUGAUGCUAUGAGUAUUGCUGCAAGAGAAUUUGCUGAAGAUCCAUGCGCUUCCGCUAAACGUAGUAAUAUGGUUAGAGCUGCUAGGAAUCUGUUAUCUGCAGUGACUCGUCUACUUAUACUUGCUGAUAUGGUCGAUGUGCACUUGUUGUUAAAAUCGUUAAGAGUGGUUGAAGAUGAUUUGGAGAAAGUGAAAAAUGCUUCGAGCCAAGCUGAGCUUCUUGAUAACAUAAAAGUUUUUGGUAGAAGUGCCAGCGAACUUAUGAGCCAAGCUGCAAAGCGUCAACAAGAACUUAAAGAUCCACAAUUACGUGAUGAUCUCGCUGCUGCCCGUGCAAUAUUAAAAAAACAUUCUACCAUGCUCUUAACUGCUUCUAAGGUUUAUGUGCGCCAUCCAGAACUUGCUGCAGCUAAAGCUAAUCGUGAUUUUGUAUUAAAACAAGUCUGCGAAGCUGUCAAUACUAUAAGUGAUGUUGCUCAAGGUCGCUCUGCAGCUGGAAAUGAUAACGGCAAUCAGAUUUAUGAUGGCCCGGGUGAACUGGCUGCAGCACUUGAUGAUUUUGACGAAAGAAUGGUAAUGGAUCCUUUAGUUUAUAACGAAGUACGCACUAGACCAUCAUUAGAGGAACGUCUUGAAAGCAUAAUUAGUGGUGCAGCUCUCAUGGCCGAUUCUUCUUGUACUCGUGAUGAGAGAAGAGAAAGAAUUGUUGCCGAGUGUAAUGCUGUACGUCAAGCAUUGCAAGACUUGUUAUCUGAAUACAUGUCAAAUCAAGUGCAACUCCAAAGGGUCGGAAAAAGGAUGAGUGUAAAAGAGACUAGUGAAGGAUUAGAACGGGCUAUUGAUCAUAUGUGUCGUAAGACUAGAGAUCUUAGACGUCAACUUCGUAAAGCAGUUGUAGAUCACGUUUCUGACAGUUUCUUAGAAACCAGUGUUCCAUUACUAGUUUUGAUUGAAGCAGCACAUUCGGGUGAUGAAAAAGAAGUUGAAGAAUGUGCUCUCGUGUUUACUGAACAUGCUAACAAACUAGUUGAGGUUGCAAAUCUUGCUUGUAGUAUGUCUAGUAACGAAGAUGGAGUAAAAAUGGUACGCACGGCUGCUGCUCAGAUUGAAAAUUUAUGUCCCCAAGUUAUAAAUGCAGCUAGAGUUUUAGCUGUUCGACCUCGUUCGAAACUAGCUCAGGAUAACAUGGAUGUUUUUCGAGAUGCUUGGCAAGCUCAAGUUAGAUUACUUACUGAAGCCGUAGAUGAUAUAACAACAAUCGAUGACUUUUUAGCAGUCUCUGAAAGCCACAUCCUAGAAGAUGUCAAUAAAUGUGUACUCGCUCUUCAAGAAGGAUCAGCUGAUCCGUUGGACAGAACAGCUGGUGCAAUCAGAGGUCGUUCUGCAAGAGUGUGUAAUGUAGUGGCUGCUGAGAUGGAUAAUUAUGAACCAGGCAUUUAUACAGAACGAGUAUUAGAAGCGAUUAAAGUACUACGUGAUCAAGUAAUGCCAAAUUUUGCUCAACGUGUCGAGUUGGCUGUAGAUGCGUUGUCAACGAACCCUCCUAAAGAAGUGGAUGAAAAUGAUUUUAUUGACGCCUCUAGACUAGUUUAUGACGGAGUUCGAGAAAUUCGCCGUGCGGUUCUCAUGAAUAGGACCGACGAGGAGUUGGAUCCUGAAGAUAUAGAGUUUGAUGAACAUUAUACGGUUGAAACACGUAGUAGAUCAAGCGCUCACACUGGAGAACCGUUGGACGAAUAUCCGGAUAUUAGCGGCAUUACUACUGCAAGAGAAGCCAUGAGGAAGAUGACAGAAGAAGAUAAACAGAAAAUCGCACAGCAAGUUGAAUUUUUCAGAAGUGAAAAAUUGAAGUUUGAUCGUGAAGUAGCCAAAUGGGAUGACGCUGGAAACGAUAUAAUCGUACUUGCAAAACACAUGUGUAUGAUUAUGAUGGAAAUGACAGAUUUCACACGUGGACGUGGUCCUUUAAAAACCACAAUGGAUGUUAUUAACGCAGCUAAGAAGAUUUCCGAAGCAGGUACAAAAUUAGAUAAACUUACUAGACAAAUUGCUGAUCAGUGUCCAGAAUCUUCGACUAAAAAGGAUUUAUUGGCUUACCUUCAACGGAUUGCAUUAUAUUGCCAUCAGCUUAAUAUUACUUCUAAAGUGAAGGCUGAUGUACAAAAUAUUAGUGGUGAACUCAUUGUCUCUGGGUUGGAUAGUGCUACGUCUUUAAUUCAAGCAGCUAAAAAUUUAAUGAAUGCAGUUGUUUUGACUGUGAAGUCUUCAUACGUAGCAAGUACUAAAUACCCAAGACAAGGAGCAGAUUUACAAAAAGUAUAUACUAUAUUAGUUUGUUUAAAAAAAAAUGCAAUAUUGGUUCUAAAAUUGAUUGUUAUAUUUGUGCAGCUCGUUGUGUGGAAGAUGAAAGCUCCUGAGAAAAAGCCACUUGUGAGACCGGAAAAACCAGAAGAAGUACGAGCUAAAGUGCGUAAAGGUUCUCAAAAGAUUGUUCAAAAUCCAAUAAAGGCAUUAAGCGAAUUCCAGAGUGCUACAGAAUCGGUUUAAGACCUAUACUAAUAGGUCUUUACUAAUAUCUUUAUUAUUGUUUAUAUAACUACAUAAUUAUAAUUAUACAUUAAUUAAUCAAAUAUAAUUAAAUGCCAAAUUAACAUUGCAAAAAUAUAAUUAUGGUAAUGCAGUGAUGAUAUAAUUUUUAUAUGAUUGAUAAUACAUGUUUUUUCGACACACAUUUUGCCAAAUAUCAUACUUAAUAUGACAAAACGCACCUUUUUUAAACUCUAAGAAAACUGUUUUUUUUUUAAAUUACGUGUUUCUAAUAUUCAACAUCCAAAUCAGUUGCUGAAUGUAGUUAUCAGAAAUGUAGUAUUCAUAAAUUAUAGAUACAUUUACUAGUUAAAUGUUUAAGUGAAAUAAUGUUAAGUAAUUUUUGUCAAGUAGUACACUAAAAAUGUACUACGCUUUUUGAUAAUAUUAGAAUUUUCCUAAUUAAUUAAGAAUGUAAAUUUUUUAUAAUAUUAUUAUUUAUACCGUCCUUAGAGUAAACAUUUUAUGAACUUUU